AUCGCACUUCUUCCGGGAAUCAUGCCUUGUGCGGCGUUUACCGACCAACGGCGCAUUAGCUGCUGCUCAUGAGCGACGUGUAAACCUGCUGAGGUCUGGGACAACCCGCCACUCAUGAACUUCGACCCCUGGCUGAACCGGCGGCUCACCACUGUGAAUGAAGUGUGAGAAAUGAAAGUCCUUUUGCUUAAAGAUCCUAGGGAAGGAGAAUUGGGAGCUGAUCCAUAUGUUCAGGAGUUUGCUUCACAUGGCCUUCAAGCAACUUUAGUUCCUGUUUUAUCAUUUGAAUUUAUAUCGCUUCAAGACUUAUCAAGAAAGCUUGAACGCCCUGAAGCUUAUGGUGGGCUGAUAUUUACUAGUCCCAGAGCAGUAGAUGCUGUGAAAUUAUGUUUGGGAGAGAAGGUUAUUAGAGAAGCAUGGUACAAUCAUUCUUUAAGAGAACAGUGGAAUGAAAAAUCUAUCUAUGUUGCAGGAAGAUCAACGGCAAAUUUGGUAAAGGAAAUUGGUCUUUCAACACUAGGAGAAGAAUCUGGAAAUGCAGAAAACCUAGCUGCGUACAUCUGUAGCAAAGAAUCUUCAAACUCCCUGCCUCUUCUAUUUCUAUGUGGUACGCUUAAAAGAGAGACACUCCCCAGAUGCCUGAAUGAAAAUAAUGUGCCUUUGGAGAGUAUCACUGUCUAUCAGACAUCUCCACAUCCUUCCUUCCAGCAGGCUUUAAAUGAUUAUUUUUCAGAACAGGGAAUCCCAGCAAGCAUUACCUUUUUCAGUCCUUCUGGUGUCAGGUUUUGUUUGAAGACCAUUAAAAAAUUGGCUGGAGAUUCUAUUAAUCAAAUCAAGUUUGCAGCAAUAGGAUCAACAACAGCUGAAGCAAUGGCAUCAGCGGGACUGACUGUGAACUGUACUGCCGAAAAACCUACACCACAAGACCUGGCGGCUUGCAUAAGAAGAGUGCUCUAGCAAUGCACAGAGUACAUAGUAAUAAAUAGUUGCUUUUGUCUCAUGGCUAAAAUAUAUGCUUAAUUUGUUCCGUCCUCACUUUGAAUUGCCCUGUUGUUUCAUUGUAAAAUUACUUUAAAUCAGGAUAGUUCCAAAUUUGCAUUGUUUGUAAUACCCUGGAAAAAAUCUGUAGUGUCAUCUCUUAACAUGAUUUUCUAAAUUACUUAUGAUAUUGAGCUGAAUUUUGUGAAUAAAUGUGUGAUCAAUAAUACAUCAUUAAUGUGCAAACGGGCCAGCUACUUUUGAUAUUGAAGAGAUGCUCUGUGAAUUGUGAACCAGUAAAUUGGUAGAUGAUUUCAGCCAAUCUUUCUUUAGCUAUGUUAAAACAGCAGCUCGUCUUCAACCUCCCUGAGGUUGCUGCAUUUUCACUGAACUGUUCACUGUUUAAUCUUUCUUUCAUGUUACUUAUUCCUCUUUGUGAACCUGAUUUGACACUGAGUUCAUGCGCACUAAUUCAUCCUUCUUCUCUUCCCUUUGUUUCUUUCUCAAAUAUUAAAUUCCAUUGGUUAAAGAGAUGCUCUUGGAUCCACCAUUCACUAAGCUCUUGCAUGCCUGUUACCCUCACCACACCAUUGACAGCUUGACCUGAUCAGUGUUGGAAUAGUUGACUGGGCCUGCUACAGAUACCAUCAAAUUCCAGUCUGCUAUGUGGCAAAGGGCUAAAAAAGAUUGGUUAGAAAUAUCCUGCAUGUGUGAAUCACUUGGAGAUUGCUUGAGGUAGAAAUUCAUGUGGUUACAUGUACUGGGUGUGCAAAGUGGAAUAUACUGAUUGAACUCCACUUUAAAAUAUCUCACUCCCUUGAUAGUUAAUUGCACAGGUACAUGAAAAUUCUUUUUUAAAAAAAAAUCCCUUUUGUAGGGCUGCAAUUUUUUUUUGAAAAAUUGAGAAAUCCUGAUUAGUGAAGGAUAUUUUGCACUGGAAUAUUACAAAUUUUUUUAACCAAAACUUUGUGAUCGGUAAAGAAAUUUGGGUGGCUUGAAGAAGAUUUCUAGGAAAUUUGUUUGAACUGUCUUUCUGUAUGUAACUGAAUGAAAUCUCACAUGUCAAUGUGAUGGCUACAUCUUUAAAUGAUAUGUAUUCUUGGUAUAAGGUAAAGUAAUUGACAUUCAGGGCUGAUUCUAACUUGUAAUUAACUUCUGUGCAUGAUACAGUAAAGAAUUUAUUUUCAUUAAAGCAAUGGUCCAUUUAUCU